GAUCUAAGUCAUCUAGUUCUUGGUCUAGAUGCUGGGUGGAAGCGCUCCCUUGAAUCCCUCCAGUGAAGUAGCGUCAAGGGUGAUCUUCGAAAGUGCAUUGCAUGCAGUCACUGUCCAUGGGAAAAAUGAGUUCCGAUAGAGAUAAUUCUCACCGUGGCCUUCACUUAGAUGUCCAGUAAGGACCGAGAUAGACGUGGGGACUUUGGCCAAGUCCGUGACCGCGAGAGAAGUCGCGACUUGCACUCAGAUCGUCACAGAGAUCGAGGAGGAAAAGACCGGGAAAGAGAUAGAGGCAGGGACAAGGAGCGGGAGAGGUCUGAGAGGGACCGCGAUCAAAACAAAGAUCAACAUCGAGAUCGGGAUAGAGACAGGGAGAGAGACAGAGAACGAGAGAGGAAGAAGGAUAGAGAUCGGUCGAGACGAUCAUCCAAGUCACCAAGUCGAAAGUCAAAAAGCGUUAAGAAAGAAGAGGAGGAAGAAGAGGAGAUGAAGCUGGAGAAGAAACAGCCCAUUUCUCUGGAGGAGAUGAUUGCCAAGAAGAAUGCAGAGCAGGAGGCCUUGUCUAAGCCUAAAUUUCUGACCAAGGAGCAGAGGGCCAAGCUAGCCCUUGAGAAGAGACAGGCCCAGGUGGAAGCUCAGAGGAAGGCCUUGGAAGAGAACCGGCAGAAACAGGUGGAUUUUGAGAAGAUGGCUCAACAGGCUUCAGAGGACCCUAGGGAGAAGGAGAGGAGAGAACGGAGGGAGAGGAGAGAACGGAGGGAGAGGAGGAUGAGAGAAGAUGCCGGGGAUGAGGAGAAACUCUCAAGAGAUGAACUCAAAGAGAAGCAAGCAAUAAAGGACCGUUACUUGGGAGGCGUCAAGAAGAAGAGGAGAGUGCGGCGUCUCAAUGAUAGGAAAUUUGUCUUUGAUUGGGACGCGGGCGAGGACACCUCGGCAGAUUUCAACCCUCUGUACAGAGAUAACCAUCAGAUCCAACUCUAUGGACGCGGCAGCAUUGCAGGAAUAGACAUCAAAGCACAGAAGAAACAGUCCAAGUUCAACCAGGAGGUCGUAGACACACGCAGGACAGAGCAGGAGAAGGACCAAGAAAAGUCCCGACUAAAGAAGCAGAAGAACAGAGAGGACAAGCUGAUCUACGAUGAGAGACACUGGAAGCAGAAGAAGCUGCUAGAGAUGAAGGAUAGGGACUGGAGAAUCUUCCGAGAGGACUUCAACAUCUCCACCAAGGGCGGCCACAUCCCGCACCCGAUCCGCUUCUGGGAUGAGUACGGCCUUCCCAAACAUAUCACCGAUAUCAUUGCUGAAGUUGGUUACAAGGAUCCGUCGCCCAUCCAAAGACAAGCCAUACCCAUUGGUCUACAGAAUCGUGAUGUCAUUGGCGUUGCCGAGACGGGGUCGGGUAAGACGGCCGCUUUCCUCAUUCCCCUGCUGGUCUGGAUCUCCACGUUACCAAAAAUCGAGAGGGACGAGGAUAAAGACCAGGGGCCUUACGCUAUCAUCCUAGCACCGACUCGCGAGCUGGCCCAGCAGAUCGAAGAAGAAACCAUCAAGUUUGGCAAACCCCUCGGCAUCCGGACCGUCACCAUCAUUGGCGGUAUCUCCCGGGAAGACCAGGGGUUCAAGCUCCGUCUGGGAUGCGAGAUCGUCAUAGCGACGCCGGGUCGUCUGAUCGAUGUCCUUGAGAACAGGUACCUGGUACUCUGUCAAUGCACCUACGUGGUACUUGAUGAGGCUGAUCGCAUGAUUGACAUGGGUUUUGAGCCUGACGUUCAGAAGAUUCUUGAGUAUCUGCCCGUGACCAAUCAAAAGCCAGAUUCAGAAGAGGCAGAAGACUCAGCCAAACUCCUCGCCAAUUUUGCCUCCAAGAAGAAAUACAGACAGACGGUCAUGUUCACCGCUACUAUGCCUACAGCGGUGGAGCGUGUGGCCCGGUCCUACCUCCGUCGACCGGCCGUGGUCUACAUCGGCUCCAUAGGCAAACCAGUGGAGAGCGUCCAGCAGCUCGUGUACAUGACCUCCAACCAGGAGAAGACGCAAAAGCUCAUUCAGCUUCUCGAGAAGGGCAUCGAUCCUCCUGUCCUCAUCUUCGUCAACCAAAAGAAGCGCGUCGAUGCCCUGGCAAAGCGUUUGGAGAAGAGGGGCUUCAACGCAACCACCCUUCACGGAGGCAAAUCUCAGGAGCAGCGUGAGUACGCCCUCGCGUCCCUCAAAGCGGGCCUCAAGGAUAUAUUAGUCGCCACGGACGUCGCUGGUCGCGGUAUCGACAUCAAAGAUGUCUCCGUCGUCAUCAACUUUGAUAUGGCCAAGAACAUUGAAGACUACACCCAUCGUAUAGGAAGAACGGGUCGAGCUGGCAAGACCGGUACUGCGGUCAGCUUCCUAACGCCUGAUGACAGCGCCAUCUUCUACGAUCUUAAGAACGUCCUGUCGGCGAGCACAACCUCCUCCUGCCCGCCGGAGCUUGCGAGCCAUCCCGACGCCCAGAACAAACCUGGUACAAUCAUGCAGAGGAAACGCAAAGACGAAAAGAUAUUUGUCUCAUAGAAAUAGGGAAACGAUUCUUUAUCAGGAAUGCCAGAAAAUAUGCAGAGGAAACGCAAGGACGAAAAGAUAUUUGUCUCAUAGAAAUAGGGAGACGAUUCUUUAUCAGGAAUGCCAGAAAUCAUGCAGAGGAAACGCAAAGACGAAAAGAUAUUUGUGUCAUAGAAAUACGGAGGCGAUUCUUUAUCAGGAAUGCCAGUUUUCAGACCACAGCCUUGUUUCAUAGAAAUAGGGAGACAAUUUUUUAUCAGGAAUGCUAGUUUUUCAGACCAUAGCCUUAUUUCAGAGCCAGACACCUCCCCAUUUACAGUAAUUUUUGUUCAGGCUACAUUUUGUACUGCACAUGUGGGAACCCAACAUGACAAAGUCUCUUUUCUGGUUGAUUGGCUGAAACCAACUGGCAUUCUGGUAUUUAUUCUUGAAAAGGUAUUGAAAAGGUGCACACAGUAAUUAUACUUUGUUAAAAAAUUGUCCAGGAAAAGCUUGAUUUCUAGGAAAAGCUUGGAACAAUCAUGAAAUGCAGAGGAAGUGGAGGAGGAGGAUAAACCAACAUGACUGGAUGUGCAGACUAUGGAUGUAUAUUUCAAGAAUAGUGCAUUCCUCAGUUUUGACUUUUGAACAUUGUGUGACUACCUGUGCUCAGUCUUUGCAGCUAGCAUCCACAUUAUUAUCAAAGAUAUUAUUACUCCAGAAAUAAAAACUAAAUAUGUGUAGUUUCAAAACAUGACACAAACUGUGUUCAUGCCCUGCUGUUGAACAUGUUAACAUGUAAUUUCUUUUUGAAAAGAAGUCACUGUUGUUAUUGGGAUUGAUGGGAAAUGUUUUCAGUAAUGUUCUGUAAGUAUGAAACUUAGCGAUGAUUUUGGAUAUUAUGAAAUUCAUGAUCGUACCUUUGAUACCGAUCUUUGACUUUUUCCCAUUUUGGUUCAAAAGGGAUUUGUAAUAAAUUAAUUUUGACGAUCUUUUUAAAAAUUAGUAGGCAAACCAGUUUUUAUUAUAGUGAGUUAUGAAAGAGAAGUGGGGGCUAUUAAGGGAAAGGAACACUUAUUUCCCUGUAUGUAUAGUCCAGAAUCUGCUUGGUUUUUAUUUUGAAGCUCUCCAAUUUUUGAGAUCUCGCCCUUACCUGCUGGAAGACGAAUUCGAGGAUCACGGCAUCUUCAGCUUGCAGCAAGUUGGGAGAUAUUGUUAAAAUUAGAUACGGCCAGAUUCUGGGCUUUACAUGUACAAGUGCUGGGUAUUUUUAGUAAACAAUGUUUUCUUGGAUUACUUUGUGAAAUAUUGAGCAAUUUGUAUCAUUUGUUUUUCCUUUGAUUUGAUCAUAGAUGUAAUGGAUAAAGGCAAAUAUGUUGAUACAAAUAAAUGAAAAGUUGUACAUAUGUAA